UUGCGUGAUGGCCGCUGCACAGAAACAAAACCAACACCACCUUGGCAGCGCUAGUCGAAGUAAAUUCGUGUCUCGGAACUGUGCCAUUGUGGGCAGCAAAUUUCUGUGCAGUCGCGAAAAGUGAAAAAUUGUGCAAUUUAUGUGCGUCGUUCCGGGUUGUGUCUAGUGUCGUUCGUCAGUUUGUCCAGUGCGUCACCGUCGAGGACUGUUUGUGGCGGCCGUAGCGUGCGUGUAGGUGCGGAAAAUUCAAUCAAAAAAUUCGGAUUCGGACAAGAUUUAGGUUUGUGCUGUGAUGUGAUGGCCCCGGAGUGAGUGCCAAAAGAAAAUCUUUCCCCGGUGGAGUGCAAGGGACCGAACGAUCGGGCCUGGACUGAAUUUAGGCUGCCAAAGUGGGACGACAAGUGCGCGCGUGAAAAAGAGUGCGGAAAGUUUUGUGGGGGUCUGCCGUCUACGAACGAACACAGGAAGGAAGGCAAGAAACGAGUGCGAGUUAAGCAUUUCCGGAAAGUUGGUGCAGAAUGAAAAUUUUAGUGGCAAUGUCUGUGGAAGAAGAAAAUCUUGUACCAGAUGAGCUAAUAGCCGUCGAAGCAGCAGUAGGAAGCGCUUCCAGCUCCGGUGAGAUGUGAAAGAGUGCAGUAGCCCCCAUAAGAGCGCCAUCGGAAAGAGAGAGAAAGGAAGCAGCUGGAAAAUCGAUUUGUACUUCUGGCUAGGAGAAGAGUGCAUAGGCAUAGGUAUACAUCUAUAAUAGGAAAAGGACUGUGUGGUGUGUCUGUCAAAAAUAAACCCCCAAGAACAACCAGACAGCACAGACCUAUUUCAAGUAUCAACAAAAAGGCGACGAGAACAGGGAAUCCCGCACCUAGGAGGGCGGGAAGGCAGGCAGAGGAGGAAAGCAGCCAACAGAGAAAAAUGCCGAGUGCUUCGUUUUCCUCGUCCCGGUCGUACGUGAGGCGAUCCCGCAGGAAGGGAAAUCGGAUUCCAUUGCCGUCGAGAACGUCAGCACUCUGCGAGCCACCAUGUCAAAACAUUCCGGCCCCGAAUGUGGGUGCAGCACCUACCGGUCAACAAAACAACGGUCCCACCCUGGCCGCCGCGCCCGGUUCCGGAUCAUCCGGGAAUCCCGCCUCAUCCAACUCCUCCAGCAGCAGCGGCACCGGCAGCAACAGCAGUAACUCCUCCAGUGGCGGCAACGUCAACAAUCUAAACAAUCCGAAUGUACCAAUCAGCACAAGUACAAGCACAGCAGCACCUUCCGGGUCGGCCUCGUCGUCGUCCUCCGGUUCGUCUUCGUCACCAGGAUGCUCUUCCGUAUCUUCCUCGGCGCUGCUAACCGGAACAGUAGCGUCCUCGUCAUCUUCCCUGGCGGUAGCGUCGUCGUCCUCGUCGGUACCGUCAGUUUCCUCGAAUGCCAUCUCCUCGGUUGCCCUGUCCGAGGUCAAACAAAACUCAAACUCGCCCUAUGAUCUAAGAAAGAAGUCCCCCCUGGCGGCUCACGACUCAGGCAGCUGGCUUGCCGGGUCCGGCAGUUCUGGGGGUUCCAGUGGAGCGGGGCCGUCCGGCAGUUCCGGCGGAAGCUCAAGCACUAGCAGUAACAGUAGUCAUAGUCUUUUACAAUCGCAUCAGUAUCAAUCUUUAGCUUACGAUGGCAACACUGCCUUUAUGCUUCCGGCGCGGAAGCGACCUAGACGUACUUAUUCUACCAGCACAGAAACGACCGCCAUGGCUACGGGCAACUCCGGAAGUUGCGUUGGCAGCGUGUUGGGAAAUUCCACCGUUACUUCCAACAGUGCCACUGUAACGACGGCUAAUUGUAUGCAAUCGGCCGCCCACUACCUGCAGUAUGAAAUGCCGGACGAAGUUCUGUUGACCAUAUUCUCCUACCUACUCGAGCAGGACCUCUGUCGGGUUUCGCUAGUAUGCAAGCGCUUCCAGACAAUCGCCAACGAUACGGAACUGUGGAAACGGCUCUACCAAAGUGUAUACGAGUACGAUCUUCCGCUGUUCAAUCCGGAACCGUGCAAAUUUAUCUUUGUCAAGUCGGAAGAUUCCGACUAUGCCAAUCCCUGGAAGGAAAGCUUUCGGCAGUUGUACAGAGGAAUUCACGUACGGCAGGGUUACCAGGAUCGGAGGUACCAAGGUCGAAGUAUAGCGUACUUUAACACGGUUCAGGCAGCCCUGGACUACGCAGAUGAGAAGAACUCGGCGAACAACAAUCCUGCCGGCGUGGUGGGCGGAAGCAAUAAUAGUAAUAGCAACUCUAGCACUAGUAAUAAUGGUACCAAUAGUAGCUCUAGUAACAAUUCCGGAUCUGGUUCUGCUGGUGGCGGAGCAGCUGCCGUUUGUGGAGAUGAAAACUGUCCCCCAGAGAACAAUGGAUCGUUGAUCUUCCUGCACCACGGAACGUACCGGGGAGAAUUUCUGGUAAUCGAUUCCGAUGUGGCACUAAUUGGCGCAGCGCCCGGCAACGUAGCCGAAUCGAUCAUUCUGGAGCGGGAAUCGGAAUCGACUGUGAUGUUCGUCGAGGGUGCUAAGCACGCCUACGUGGGCCAUAUGACGUUGAAGUUUUCGCCGGACGUGACGUCGACGGUGCCGCACCACAAGCACUACUGCUUGGAGGUAAGCGAGAACUGCAGUCCGACGAUCGACCACUGCAUCAUCCGGAGCACAUCAGUGGUUGGUGCCGCGGUCUGCGUCAGUGGUGUGGGCGCCAACCCGCUGAUCAAGUACUGCGACAUUAGCGAUUGCGAAAAUGUUGGCUUGUACGUGACGGAUUACGCCCAGGGGACCUACGAACAUAACGAGAUUAGCCGGAACGCCCUGGCCGGCAUUUGGGUAAAGAACUAUGCUAGUCCAAUCAUGCGUGAAAACCACAUCCACCACGGACGGGAUGUCGGAAUUUUCACCUUCGAUAACGGGAUGGGGUAUUUUGAAAAGAAUGACAUCCACAACAAUCGAAUAGCGGGCUUCGAGGUGAAGGCGGGAGCCAAUCCCACUGUUGUCAAGUGCGAGAUCCAUCAUGGUCAAACCGGAGGGAUUUACGUCCACGAGAACGGACUGGGCCAGUUUAUAGAGAAUAAGAUCCAUUCCAAUAACUUUGCGGGUGUUUGGAUCACGUCCAACAGUAAUCCAACGAUACGGAAGAACGAAAUCUACAACGGUCAUCAGGGUGGGGUGUACAUAUUCGGCGAAGGUCGAGGACUGAUCGAGCAUAACAACAUCUACGGCAAUGCGCUGGCCGGCAUUCAAAUUCGAACGACGAGCGAUCCGAUCGUACGGCACAACAAGAUCCACCACGGGCAGCACGGGGGCAUCUAUGUGCACGAGAAGGGCCAGGGAUUGAUCGAGGAGAACGAGGUUUACGCGAACACGCUGGCCGGAGUGUGGAUUACGACCGGAAGUACGCCGGUUCUGAGGCGGAAUCGGAUUCAUUCGGGCAAACAGGUCGGGGUGUACUUUUACGACAAUGGCCACGGCAAGCUGGAGGACAACGACAUAUUUAAUCAUCUGUAUUCGGGAGUACAAAUCCGAACAGGCAGCAAUCCGGUGAUUCGAGGAAACAAGAUUUGGGGAGGUCAAAACGGAGGAGUGUUAGUGUACAAUGGCGGGCUGGGGCUUUUGGAGCAGAAUGAGAUUUUCGACAAUGCGAUGGCGGGAGUGUGGAUUAAGACUGAUUCGAAUCCGACGUUGAAGCGGAACAAAAUCUACGAUGGUCGUGAUGGUGGCAUCUGCAUCUUCAACGGUGGCAAGGGGGUUCUAGAGGAGAACGAUAUUUUCCGAAAUACUCAAGCCGGGGUGCUGAUAUCAACGCAGAGCCAUCCGAUUCUGAAGCGCAACCGAAUAUUCGAUGGGCUGGCGGCGGGCGUUGAGAUUACCAACAAUGCCACGGCCACGCUGGAGUUCAACCAGAUCUUCAACAACAAAUUCGGCGGGCUGUGCCUGGCGAGUGGCGUCCAGCCCAUAACGCGGGGCAACAAGAUCUUCAAUAAUCAGGACGAGGUGGAGAAGGCCGUCUCCGGUGGGCAGUGUCUGUAUAAGAUCAGCUCGUACACGUCGUUUCCUAUGCACGACUUCUACCGGUGUCACACGUGCAACACAACCGAUCGGAACGCGAUCUGCGUGAACUGCAUCAAGACAUGUCAUGCGGGCCAUGAUGUCGAGUUCAUCCGGCAUGAUAGAUUCUUCUGUGAUUGUGGUGCUGGUACCCUCACCAACCAGUGUCAGCUGCAGGGUGAACCCACGCAGGACACCGACACGCUGUACGAUUCGGCGGCGCCUAUGGAAUCGCACACCUUGAUGGUAAACUAGGGACUUGUUAUAUUUAUCAUACUGUGUUAAACAAAAAUGGAAAACUAGUGAAUGUAAAAGGAACAGCCCGGAUCCACACUCACACACUUACAUACACACAUGCUAAAGAAAAAGUUAAGCAGAAAAGUAUCACACUAAAACAGUAGAUUUCCGGCAAAUGUUUCAUCGUCAAUCCCAUAGUUGUUUCAAAGGAGACAAAUCUGGAGAAGGAAAAAAAACAAUGCCAGUAGAAACGGUGUCGUGCUCUACUUUGUUCCGUCAGUAGAUCACCUCAUCAGUCAGAAAGAUAGAACAAAAAAUAAUUAACAUGUAAUAAUGUAGAAUCGUGAGUAAAAGUUUCGGGUUUCUCGGAGAAGGAAAAAAAGCCUAAAAUUAAUCGAAUUUUGGAAUCAAGAAAGUACUAAUCAACAAUUACCAAACAUUCCCCACCUUUCGAGUAGCAGGACCAGGAUCGGUCGUGAAAUUCAAAGUUCUCCGAGCACGGCACGUGGUGUGACCAAACCACGUGUGAAAGGUAGCGGACGACCGAAUCUCGUUUAGUUAUUGAGUUUUAGAUUGUUUGUGCGUGCGUGUGCGUGUAGCUUACAGAACAGAGCGUACUCCCCAUAGUAGGCCAAGAAUUCACAGAAAAGUAGUAGAUGUGUUGAUGAGCCUCGACGUGAGUGUGCGUGCGUGCAGAAGUUCACCACAGUGAACACUUGUUGUUUGCAAUCGUUUUUUGGUAUGGGUGUUCGUUUCCUUCUAUCAUUGUGUGUGAGACUUUAACAAUUGUAAAUUGGAGCGGUUCGAUUACACCCCAUCGAAUCCAAGUUGUUUCGUGACAUGCAAUGUGUAAGUAUUAUUAUUUCGUCUGAAAGAACAGUGUACCUAUUGUGAAACUAUAUUUUGUUCAGAAUAAAAUUCUCUAGUGUAUUAGGGCAUAAUCACACGUAUACAUACAAGCGACUGUUUGUUUUUCAUUUCGCGCGCAUGUGUUUUUCGUUCUCUAAAUCAAUAAACCAGCUGUGUAUAAAGGUGUAAAUGUGAGUUAAUAGUCACGUCACGGUCACUGUGCGAUCCGUUCGAUGACGUAUUAUUAGGUGAAGCCAUUAGAACGGGAAACUGAUAUUACACUGUGUAUUUGGGUACUAAUAUUUCUCGCGUUUAGUAUCAUACAGGCGUAUCUACAAUGAUCGAUUUCUCUUCAUCGAUUUUCUCUUCGGAUUAUUCCAAAAAAUACGACCAAUUUUUGGAUGAUCUCUUGGUGUGUUACGAUGAAGGACGACUAGAACUAGCAUCUAAAACAACAAAAAGAGUCAAAAAUGUCUUGCGGGCAAAGUUAUUAAUCAAAGAGAAAAUCGAUGAAGAGAAAUCGAUCAUUGUAGAUACGCCCGUAUGAUACUAAGCGCGAGAUUUAUACUUUUUUUAGUUUUAGUUAGAUGUUCUUGUGUCCCUUUUUCUGUCUUUCCUUGAAUGCUUGAACCGGUGGAAAUACAAAGAUUCUUCAGCCACGAGUCAGUUUUAAUCAGUAAUACUUCAAGGCUAACAAUAGAGAAGACCGUAAUUGCUUUAUGUAAACAAUCGAGCAACGGACUCAUGUUCCGUAACCGGUCGUUUGAGAACGUCGCGAACCGUCGCGAUCUCUUCGACACAGUCGUCGCGAUGAGAGGUGUGUGGACUUCCAACACACCAACAACAAUGCACUCUCGCCUAGGCUUUACAUAUACAAUAGAUGCGUUAUGUGGAUGUACAUCUAAUUCAUCCGAAAGAAGUGCGGUCUGUGGAAAAGGUAACCUCAGAAUUUCGAGUUGAACUUUAAUGCAGGUUAGUCACUACAUCUUUGGAUCUUCUCGUGGUGUAGUUGGCAACGCGUCUGUCUAGUAAGUAGGAGUCGUGAGUUCGAGUCUCACCGAGAGAACAAGUAACUUUUUCGCAAAUUCCACUCCAACUUGUUCAUUUCUCACUCAUGUCAGUAUAUGUAAAGUCUAGCUUUUGAAAUGCGGUUUUGUCGAAUUCAAUUUUCUGGGACCCACCUGCACAACUUUAACAACCACUACUAGCAGAAAGCGUAUUAGCUUCCAGUUGAUGGAGGUGAGGUGCACGACUGACGCCCAGAAGGCCCUGUGUUCGUCCACAAAAGCUGAAUUUUCGGUAGUUAUCUUUUGCAUGUUUCGAAAAGUAGCAAUUUUAAUGACAACACGAAACAUGCAAUAUUUCUUCUUGACACGUUCUUGGAAACCAUGAAAUGUCACUGGGCCGAUUGCGUGUUUUGUCGACCAGAUUCGACAGUCUUAUUUUUGCAUUGGAUUACAGUACGGUAAUUCUACUGGAUAUUCUCUAUACAUAUCCAGUCACAUCCGCUUUGUAGUCGCUGGGUUAGCCUAAUAAUUGCACCAGUUGCAGUUAUGGAUGCAUACUUAUUCAUAUGUCGUUUAACAUAUAUACCCCAUAUAUAUGAAAUCAGUUUAGAUAAUCCUAGGUUAUCCAAAUAGAGAGAUAAAGUUUUGAAAGACGGACCCGGCUAGGGUGGUACUUCGAAUCCAGUUUGACUUUCUAUUCCGCAGAAUCGUAACUUAUUCUGUGGCUUAGUUGGUUAAAGCGCCGGCCUAGUGAUACGGUGUCGUGGGUUCGAAUCCCACCAAAACAAGUGGUAUUUUUUUUUCAAAAAUUUAUCUCUCAAUUUGCCAAUUAAACGUACUUUGCCUAAACAUUCUUCAAGUUUUUACGUCUAUUUCAGACAUACUGGCCGACUGGUAUAUAGCCGGAAAAUGGCAAUAAAAUUGUAAUCCAAAACCUCCAAGUAGCACUGAUCGAUCUCGAAUUGAUAGCAUUUCUCCUAUUUUGAACGAUUCAAACCAUAAAACGUACCAAGCUCAGCUCAAUCCAUCUCACCGAAAGAGGAACUGUCAAUCGUAGAUUUCUUACAACAAACGAAACGUAGUAACCAAAAAUUUGCAUGAAACCAACCAGUUAAUACCAACAAGUGAGGUUUUUGAAAUUUCUAUUGCUCGAAUGUUAUUGUGUGUAGUUGUUAGGCAACUCGACAUCUAUUUUCCACAAGCUAUUGUUCCCUGUAUGAAUGCUACAGAUAAAAAACGUUACUUGAUGUUACUAUCUUACAAGUGUGCACAAUUAUUUCUUUGCUCGGGUGAACUUUCUGUGGUUCAUUGAAUCGUCGUUAGGCGUCCACAGUCAAUCAGGCUCUCUCCCUCUAGUUUGUAAAGUUUAUAUAAACUUCUUCAGCAGCAGUGCUUCCCCUAUAUCUACUUAGCAAAAAGCAAAACACGUGUAACAUGUACCUUGAUGAAUCAAACAGAAACAAAAAAAUGCUUUUAAAAUUGUUAACUCACACGUCGUCAAUCCACACACGCGCUCUGUAUAUUAUUUACUGUGUCCCAGUGCAUUUAUCUGUGUUACAGGUUUAGAUUUUUAUGUUUUUUUUUACACGCGCGACACAUAUUGUAUCGACAUUUAUUAAUCUUUUUUUUACUGUGUAUUAAAAUGAAAUGUGUUCGAAUCGUACCCGUUAGCUGCUUAUUUUAGCGCGCGCGAGAUAGCAUUACUAGAAAUGAUGUGUAUUAUUAUUCUAUUUUUUUAUGUGUAGUUUGAUCGGUUAUCUUGAUUCUUGGUAAGCAAAUCGUACGUAACGGAUAUAACCUAUCGUCACGUAUUGUGAUGUUUUAACUGUGUAUUAAUUUUAUCACAUUUGUACUGAAACAAGAGCACUAAUAGAUAAAACAAGAAUCAAUUAUAACUAGUGUAAUUGGAACUGCUUGAUGUAUGCAAGCCGAACGACAAUUGUAAAUUUCUGUAUAUUGCACUUUUUGCGCACUGAUCUUAAACAUAAACAUAUGCUUUUUGUACAAUUUUUAUAAGUUUGUUUUAUUUCUUCUCUCGCAUAAUUUUGUUUACUUUGAAAGAAAUGUUCCUUGUGUUCUCCAUUUUUUUGGCCUUGAUGUCAUUUGCUGUUCAUUUGUGUAGUCAAAAAUUAUAAAUGUUUUGUUUUUAUUUUGGUAACGUCUUUGUUUAUAUGUGAUAAUAUCCAACGUCUUAAUUUACCCACAAAAAAUCAUGACCCAAUCUAUUUCCGCCUUCUUGUACAGUAAUCUGGCCUAAAUUGAAUGAAAAUUUCUAAAUCUGAAGCUUGCAAUGCAGUAGCUUAUGAAAACAAAUGCUUAGCAUAAAACCACAGACAAACAGACGUAACUCUUAAAGGAAAUUCCUCAAAAACUUUCGCCUGGUGUCUUUUUCAUGAGUACACUGCCACCUGUUGGUAGAACCGCGCGCGACACUGCGGCCAUGAUGGAUUUCGAUUUGACGUUUAUCUAACACGUACACUACUAAACAAAGCGCCUGUAAUAUUCGUUUGCAUCAUUCAGCAACGUGUACACUGGCAAACGUCAAAGCGAUCGAACACUAGCGCAUCUGGUGGAAUGAUUGCGCAUAUCAGAUGAAGUUUGAAUUGAUCGUUAAAUGCAUGUGCCAAGUCGUUUUGAAGAGUGUUACGUCUGUUUGGAUAUGAUAAAACGAAUCCUAACUGUAAACAGCCUAAAUGAGCCUCUGCACGAAUUUGCCCUGUCCUGCUCACUCCCACAGAAUAUUUGAAAACAGCGCGCACAGUAAAAGUCACAUUUGACUUUUACUGUGCGAACUGUUUUCAAGUUUUCUGUGGGAGUGAGCAGUACGCCAGAUUCGUGCAGAGGCUCAUAAGGACGGUCGUGUAUGGAAAAAAAGCGUUUGAUUGGCAGUAGCGCUGUAAUCACCAGAUGUUUUAUCUACCAAACAAAAAACCUAGAGACGUAGAAAAGACUGACAAACACCGGAAGUAAAUCGACAAUCAAAUAUGUUUAAAGCAAAGUUUGGAGUUGAGCUUGUUAGGUUGAUUACUUCUUUAUGAUUAUUACUUCUUUUUAUACCUUAUCAUCUCUACCUUACCCUCUCUUCUAUCAGAAUCCCUGUAGAAUAUCCAGAAUAAGUUCUUGAAGAAAUGUGUGGAAGAAAACGUGUCGGAAACCCUGGUAAGAUUUCGAGAAGCAUCUUUCAAGAUUCGUGGAAGUUGACGUAAAAAAAACUGAAGGAUUCUCGGAAAGUGGCCAGGAACGAACCCAUGGACGUUUCUGAGAACGAAUCUCAGGUGGAAUCAAUUGAAGAAUCUUAGGAGGACUCCUGAUAUCCCAGGAUGAAAUCCCAGAUGGAGUAUCUGAAGGAAGCUCUGGAAUUCCGGGAAAAAAUCCCGAAAUGAUCCUCCCGAGAGAAAUCCUGGAAAUAUCUUUGAAGAGACUUCAGUAAGAAGCCAUGGGUGGAUACCGAGAGGAAUUCCUGGAAGAGACUCAGGAGGAAUUGUAAGGAAAUUUCGGAGCAUUCUAAGGUAAAUUUUUUGGAGAAUCCUUGGGAUGAUUCCUGAAUGAAUCUUGGGAGAAAUCCUUGGAGGAAUUCUUAACGAAAUUUCUAACGUAAAAGAGUUUAGGCUCUAAAGCUUUAUUGUAAGUUGAUUCCAGCAGAAAAUUAUGCCUUUUAAUCUAGAUUUGUUGUAGAGAUUAUCCCUGUCAAGCUCAUAAAACUAGCUUUGCUUUUAUUACGUGCAGCUUUCAACUGAGGAUUGUUUGGGAUUUCCAUUCAACGUUAUGCAGUCUAUUUAAUUGAAGUAAGGCUUCAAUAAACGUCACGAAACCAAUAUUUUUUAUUAAAUACAUCUUUCUUUAGAACCUCCUGGAAUUCAUUGGACUUGAAAACGUUCUUUGGAUUGAACCACAGCCAAACAGACGUAACUCUUAAAGGAAAUUCAUCAAAAAUUUUUGCCCGGUGUCUUUUUCAUGAACACACUGGCACCUGUUUCGAUUUGACGUUUGCUAACACGCACACUAUUACACAAAUCGCCUGUGUAAUCGUGUACACUGGCAAACGUCAAAGCGAUCAAGCACUAGCGCCUCUGGUGUAAGGAUCGGAAUUGAUCGUUAAGGACAGACUGAGCUUCUUAUUUUAAGCUUAUUACAAGUGAGCAAGAACAGAAUAAUAAAAUGCCCUGUUGUUUGAAGUUUGCUUCUUGAGAUUUGUGCAUCUGAAGUUGCACCAUGGAGAUGCACUGUUGAAGCAGGAUUUACAGACGUUUGUCCUUAAAUGCAUGUGCCAAGCCGCUUUGAAGAGUGUUACGCCUGUUCGUCUGUGAUUGACCUUUCUAACCUGUCAUCCCUAGAAUCACGAUAACUACCCAACUAUAGAUGAGAAUGAAUCACAGUAAGUGCACAGCCCAGACCUUUUGUUCGUAAAAUGAAUUACAAACCCGAUUGAUGAAAGGCGUUUCGAAUGAAUGUGUGUCGAUAGCGUUUAUUUCCUGUAUGUUAAUCCUAUGUCUCCACAACCGCAAAAUAGUGAAAUUACCCGUCAUAUCCCAAACGAAACCUUGUAAAUAAUCCAUACUGAUUGUAAUCAAACUUAGGCAGGAUUGCAUCUGUGGAAUCAUAACAUAAGGGAAGCAAAUGCAGAUACCUAGGUGCUAUCCCAACAAAACCGACUGUUUAAAUGAGAAUCCCACACCGCAAAACCAGAAACAAGACUUAAGGACGGUAAACAGCAAGGAAGCAAAGCAUGAACUACGAAAUUUCAUAUGUUAGAACUGUAAAUGUGUACGUGUUUAUUACAGAUUACCGAAAACAACUCUUUGAAAAAGAAAGCAUCUAAAACAAAAAAAAAACUAAAUUUAGCUUGAUUUGAUAACUUUUGAAACAAUGCGAAUUAGCACAGUUCUAUUCAAAGUAAAAAAAACUAACUACUCUUUAAGAAUAAAAAAAACAACAGAAAACUCCCCACUCCUCUCAAAUCCCUUCCAGCAAACGGAAAGCUCACACCCAUACAUACCCGGCACAACAGAAUAAUAGUCGAAAGGAAAGUUUUAAGGAUGCAUUUAAAACGUCAUCGUGCGCGCAUGAAUUGGGACAUUCGAAGGCGCCACACAAACACCUAAUCUCUAUUUUUAAGGGUAUUACACACACACACUGAUUACUGAUUGACUA